UCCGGGCGUGAGUGAGGGCUUGGCGAGGUCUUGGCAACGGAGCAGCGGCCGCCGCGGCCCGGGCAGAGGCUAUGGAGAAGCUGCGGCGGGUCCUGAGCGGCCAGGACGAGGAGGAGCGGGGCCUGACCGCGCAGGUCCUGGAUGCCACUUCCCUUAGUUUCAACACCAGAUUGAAGUGGUUUGUCAUAUGCUUCGUAUGUGGCAUCUUCUGUUCUGUCCUUGGAACUGGAUUGCUGUGGCUUCCCCAAGGCAUGAAGCUUUUUGCAGUGUUUUAUACUCUUGGAAAUAUUGCUGCAUUAGCCAGUACAUGUUUCUUAAUGGGACCUGUGAAGCAACUGAAGAAAAUGUUUGAAACAACAAGAUUGCUUGCAACAAUUCUUAUGCUUUUGUGUUUUGUACUUACCUUGUGUGCUGUUUUUUGGUGGCACAAGAGGGGAUUGGCCGUAUUAUUCUGCAUAUUGCAGUUCGUGUCAAUGACCUGGUAUAGUUUAUCAUACAUCCCAUAUGCAAGGGAUGCAGUAAUUAAAUGCUGUUCCUCUCUCCUAAGCUGAAAAUCAGAAACUUUUUGGAAAGGAAAGUUUGAAAGUUCUAUUCUGUUUUUGGUGAAGUAUGUUUUCCUGAUGUAAGAAUCACUCCAAAAACAACUACAGUGACAGUUUAAGACCACUUUGUAUACUGGUAAAAAAGAAUAUGUUUAAUGAAACUGUUAAAUUCUUGUAAAUUUAUAUUCAUUAUGUGUCAUUAAUACGUUCUUCCAAAGAUCAGGAGAUUUUAAUCAUUACUCAUUGUAAAUUACCUGUUCUCAGUUUUUUAAUCUUUUAAAACAGCUUUUGAGGUGUGAAUAUUUAAGGAUUAAUCUGUGCUGCAAGAUAUAUUCAGCCUUUUUGGCUCUUUUUAAAAUAUCUUCAUUUUAAAAUAUCUUUUUUUUUCUUUUUUACUUUAUAUGUGAAAGUUCUUACUUCAAGCUAAAAAAUGCUUAUUAUGUUUAAUAAAAAAUAAUAUAUAUAAAUCUUUACUAUUUUGAAAUAAACCCAGACUUGGAAAACCGACAUU